AUUUUCAAUUCAUUCUUAACGAAAGGGUAGUCUUAAAAUUCCUGAACUUCGAAAGCAAGUGAAGGUGCGCUACGAUAAAGAAAUGUCACGGACAAAGAAUCAGUAUUGCUCAACACUCUUUGAAGAAGACGAGCAGGUAAUCAUUCGUAAAGCCAUUCAUUCUCUUGAAAUUACAUCAAUCGAUGAAACAAAUGAUGAGGAAAUGGAAAAGCUCAUUUCCGUUAUCAUAGCUUGCGAUUGUAUUCUGAAGGGUCCUUUUUUUGUCUCAAAGGAGCAAAUACUCGCCAUCCUAGAGAGACUAAGCAACAUCCUGGAACUCAUUCCUCCUUUGAGUGACCUGAAUAAGUAUCCGAAAGCAGUUCAGUUUCGCAAUCUAGUAGAAAAGAUACAAGACGAUUAUCGAGAUACAGAUACCACACUGUUCAUAUCCAAAAUGCUUGAUGAGGAAUCAUAAUAAUAGUAAUACUAAUAGUAAUAGU